AUGGAAAGUAUCGACAAGGAGCUCAUCGCUGAGCCCGAUAUUGGAGUUCCAGCAUCUAGCAAAAGAGUUGUCCGGCAAUUGCAAAACUCUUUAGCUGGUUGUGUUCUAUUGCGCUCGAAUACAGAUGCCUUCAACGUAUCAGCCAGCAAUUAUUUCGCUCAGCAGUCAAACACAACAAGACCAACCUGUAUUGUGCGCCCAGAAACCGUCCAACAGCUUAGCCAAGCUGUAGCCAUCCUUCACCAAGAGUUUAUGGCUCGAAAAGCGGAUGAACAUGAUAAACCCAAAAACCUGGGAUUUGUAUCGCUCAGAAGUGGGGGACAUUCUUAUUCCAGGGCCUCCGCCAGCAUUGAUGGUGGAGUGUUGUUGGAUUUAGAUCACUUUUCCGACGUCACGAUAUCAAACGACGGAUGUUCAGUCAGAAUAGGUACUGGCGCUCGAUGGUCUAAAGUUAAUCAAGUUCUUGAGGCGAAGAAUAUUGCCGUCCCAGGUGGGAGGAACGGUGCUGUUGGGGUUGGCGGUUUUACUCUAGGAGGCGGUAUAUCCUUCUUUUCACAGAGGUGUGGGUUCGCUUGCUCGAACGUUAUCGAGUACGAAGUAGUAUUGGCGUCUGGACAGGUGGUCAUUGCUUCUGCAACAAGCAACCGAGAACUUUGGCGUGCCCUCAAAGGAGGAGGUAGUAAUUUCGGUAUCGUCACUUAUUUCACUUUCCGAGCCUUUCCAUGCAGUGAUAUAUGGGGAGGUUGUCUGUUCUCGCCAAGUUUUGAGUCUUCUCGAUCGAUUGACCUAUUUCAUAAGUUUGUGGGCAGAGCGGACCCUACCAAUACCGGUGUGGAUUACGACAAUUAUGCAUCUGGGCCAAUAGUUUGCUUCUGUUUUCUUCAGCGACCUGGAAUGGAAAUAAUAUCGACAUUCAUCACUUACACAAAGGAGCCCCCUUCCGCUUUUGCAUGGCCGACAUGCUGGAAGAGCUCUGGAUUCAAAUCAGUUUGGCGAUAUUGGAGCACGGUGAAACAGCGUACUUUGGCCAGCGCAUGUCAAGACUUGGCUAUUGGCGAAAAAGCAGGCCUAAGUCAGAAUAUCGCCGGAACAGUUAUCAAAAAUGACAAGGCCACGAUCGAAGCAGCAUACAAGUUCUAUCGAGAGGCCUGCACCGAAGUCAAGAACACCAGAGGCAAAGGCAUUCGAUUCGUUUUUGUUUUGCAGCCGCUCCUAUCUACCUGGAUGCACAAAGGCGAUCCCAAUUAUCUUGGGCUCGAUAAUACGCUGAAUGAGCCGCAUGUUCUCGUAAGCUUCAGUCCGGUAUGGACUGAUGUGAAGCAUAAUGACUUUGUGGAGAACCUCGUUCGUAAGACCAUUGAGAAAAUAGAGGGAUAUGCUCGGGAUCAUGGAACAUACCACCCUUACAAAUACGUUAACUACUGUGCAGCCUGGCAAAACCCUUUUGAGAGUCACGGCAAGGAGAAUUUGGACAUCCUGCGAGGAAUCAGCAAACAAUACGACUCUGAAGGAUUUUUUCAACAUGCCUGUCCUGGUGGAUUUAAACUUCCUGGCCUAGAGAGGCCUUGA